UUAGAACUUUCUCUGUAAGUAAUUCCUGUUAACCACUCAGAUUUCAAAAUCCUUUGCUAUAGUUGUUCUGAAUUGUUGCCAAGAUGUGGAAUUCAGGAGCAGAUUUAAAAAAUUUAGACUCUGAGGAUGAAAGUGUCCUGUCUUCAGAAGAGGAACAAGACAUUCAGUGUGAGAUUUUGGAGAAGCAAAGGGAUGAAGCUAAUCAGAGACUGUCUCAAAUAGAGGAAGCAUCCACUCAGUUGCUGAAAGAGAUAAACUUGCUAGAGAUUCACUUUCAAAUCGAACGCUCCUGCAGAGAGAAUGCUGAGGCCUUUGCCUUAAAGGUGACAAAAGAGAACAAGGCCUUAAAAAGAAAAAGUCAGGCUCUCCUGCCUUUGAUUCCAGAGCUGCCUGAAAACCUGGCUGCUCUGAACUUGGACCUAGAAGAUGACUCCAACAUUUCAGUGGAAUUGGCAGAAGAUCCCCUUAUCAAAAGUCAGGCCCAGAUGAGAGAGCUUCAGUCAUCUGUUGAUCAGCUCUUGGGGGAGAAGAUGCAGUUGUGUGAGCAGGUACAAAUCUUGAAAAAAGAAAAAGAAGAACUGAAAGAACAGCUUGCAAUGGAUGUUCAGGAGAAAGAAGCCAUUUUGAAGAAGUUAAAUAAACAGAGUCGAACAGUGAACAAAAUUCAAAGAGUAUCCCAGCUUGUUACAGAACAGUUUGCAGAGAUGUCACAGAAAUUGGAAAUGGAGCAAGGACUCAGGCGUCAUGCUGAAGAGUUUGCACAACAGGUCCUGGUGAAGGAGAAGGAGAGCCAGAGGCAGAGCUUGGCCCUGGUACAACAUGAACAAGUUGACACACAACUUCAGCAAGCCCUUGAGCAGGUGGCUCUGAUCAACAAAGCACUGGAGGAGUUACGGCUGCAUUAUCAACACCAGAGGAGUCAGUCUCAAGCAGUGAUGGAGGAGUUUAAUGCUCUUACUGAGCUGCAAAUGGUCAGAGCACAACUAGAGACCAACAUGAAAGAUAGGCUGAAGAUAGAAAAUCAGUUGAGAGACUCACAAAGCACUGUGUCAGCACUGCAGGAGGAAGUUAAGCAGCUUCACGAUAUGAUGAAAAUGGUCAAAGAGAAUCCUCCUACUGAAUCUGGCCUAUCAAUUGGGAGAAAUGAAGAGAAAGUCACUCCAGCUCCACUUUCUUCAACUCCUCCUCUUUCUCCUCUUCCACUACCACCGCCACCACCUCCUCUUCCCCCUCCUUCUGCACUCUCUUCAAGUCUUAUUGACCCGCUGGAUGCUUUGAGAAAUAGAAGGAAACUUGGAAACAACACCACUGACUCUAAGAAACCUGCACUCUCUGUAGAUUUGAAAGUCAGGGCAGUGGAUGAAAUGAUGGAGAGAAUUAAGAAAGGGAUUGUACUGAGGCCCACUCAGAAACUACCACAGACUGGACUGGAUGAAGAUUCAUGGGCGGAUCAAAGAAGUGAGAAGAGGAAAUCUGCUGUCCUUGAAUUGCAGGGAAUACUGGACACCAUAAAAAAAAAAGCACCCAAAAGGACUCCAUCCAGGAAAAGGAUUAGUCGUAAUGUGGGGGAGGCGGAGCUUCAGAUGGUCUUGCAGAGAAGAAGGCGUGCAAUUGGAGAUGAAUUAGGCUCCAAAUCGACUUCAGCCCCAACAGCUCAGGAUCCACCUCCUGCAUCCACAGCCACAAGUUCCGCAAAUUGGCUAGCAGAGAGUGGGAAUGUUCCUGUCCUUCGGAGGCUGAAGCACAACCAAGAAUAUAGAAAUUCACGCAACAGAGUAUCAGAAUGUAUCAUCUGGGAAGACAAAUAAAGAUACAGACAGCUGAUGUUGGUUCUUGCCAUGCUAUUGUUAUUAAUACUGCAUAAAAUUGGAACCCAAUUAAAUUGAACAUCAUACUUAAUGGGCUAUAGUGAAAAUUAGUUUACUUUAAAUAUUUAAAAUAUAAAAUACACUGACCCUUCAAGUAAUUUUAAUUAUUCAUUUUUAUUAAUCAUAUGGAAGAAAAUAUUGUUGUUUUGAAGAUUGUUCCUAAUUCCCAUUUUUGUUUAUAUUUGUAAGCAUUAACAAUUGAUCAGGAUUAUCAAUUUAUCAGAAACCUUCAGAGGACCAUUCAGAAUGGUUAAUGAAGAAAUAAAACAUACUUCUUCUACAGUAUAUUUAUGUAUUCUACAGUAUAUUUAUGUAUAUUUUGUUAUUAGUUUUCUUUGAUAGAUUUGUGGGCUUCUGAUAUAAAAAGUGAUACAGAAAGGUGUCAUCACUCUUUCACUCUUCAGCUCUCUGUUUUCUCUAUGUGUGCAUUUUUAAAAGCCUCUAGGCGAGUUCAUUCAGGCAUCAAGAAGAUGGGGAGAGGUGCUUUUUUCCUCUCCACACCAUCGCACUGCUAUUCUUUGCUAAAAGCAUUUAAGUGGAAAGGAAUUAUUUGCACUGUAGUAGCUCUUGGCUUUCUGCUUUUAAACUCAAUUUAUUCUAUAAGAGUUUUUGCACCCCCUUGAGAGAGCCCUUUAUCUAGCAAACAUUAUAAAGAAUUUAUAUCUCUCACCA